AUGUUCUCAAAGCACAUCAUUUUGGCUGCUCUCGUUUUGAGUUUUGUGGCUGUGGUAGCAGCUGAAACAUUCUUCUAUGAGCCUUUCCAUGCAGGAUGGGAAAAGAGGUGGGUCAAGAGCAAGGCUAAGGAUAACUAUGGUGAAUGGAAAUAUACUGCCGGUGAAUGGUAUGGCGAUGCUGAGGAAGACAAGGGUAUCCAAACUUCUCAAGAUGCCAGACACUACUCCAUCUCGGCAAAAUUCGAUAAGCCAGCAACAAGCAGAGGAGAGAAACCACUCGUUCUUCAAUUCUCUACCAAGCACCCACAAAACAUUGAUUGUGGUGGUGCCUACAUUAAAUUCCUUCCAACCGGAGCCAAUCAAGAAGACUUCAAAGAUGACACUGAAUACAGAAUCAUGUUCGGUCCUGAUGUCUGUGGAAGUGCUACAAGAAGAGUUCACUUCAUCUUCAACUACAAGGGAAAGAAUUUGUUGUGGAAGAAGACUCUCCCAUGUGAAACCGAUCAAUUGACUCACAUUUAUACUGCUAUCAUCAACCCUGAUGCUUCCUAUGAAGUUCAAAUUGAUGGUGUGAAGAAGGAAAGCGGUAACUUGUAUGAUGAUUGGGACUUUUUGGCUCCAAAGGAAAUUCCAGAUCCACAAGCCAAGAAGCCAGCUGAUUGGGUUGAUGAAAAGGAAAUUGUUGAUCCAGAGGAUAAGAAGCCAGAAGAUUGGGAUCAACCAAAAUACAUUCCAGAUCCACAAGCCAAGAAGCCAGAAGACUGGUCCGAUGAAGAAGAUGGUACAUGGGAAGCUCCUCAAAUUCCUAAUCCAGAUUACAAGGGUGAAUGGAAGCCAAGAAUGAUUCCAAAUCCUGCAUACAAGGGAGAAUGGUCUGCUCCACUCAUUCCAAAUCCAGAUUACGUCUUUGAUGAAAAUGUUGCCAAGUACGAUGAUAUCGACUAUGCUGGUAUUGAAAUUUGGCAAGUGAAGGCUGGUACUAUCUUUGACAACAUUUUGGUCACCGAUGAUAUUGAUGUUGCUAGAGAACAAGCUCAAAAGGUUGUUGAACGUGCUAAGAAGGAAAAGGAAGCUUUCGAUAAGAUUGAAGCUGCCAAGAGACAAAAGGAAGAGGAGGAAAGAAAGAAGAGAGAAGAAGAGGAAGCCAGAAAGAAGACUGAGGAAGCUCCAGCAGAAGAAAAGAAGGCUGAGCACGAUGAGCUCUAA